AUGGCCGCGGAUAAAAUAUGCUGUGUUUCAGGAUGUACUAAAAGCCGUGAAGAUGGCUAUGUGACUAAGCCCAAAAGGACUCAAAUUAGUACAAAAAUUAAUGUGUUGAAAAAGAAACUUAAAAGCAUGAAUAUAGAAAAUGAGAAAUAUUCAAAAAUGCUUAAGAAGGCAAUGAAUCUAUCAGAAAAUACUACUUUCUUGAAAGCAAUUAAAAGUUUUACCUCAAUAGCAACAAUUUUUACUAUGCUCCAAUUCCGAGAAUGUGGUAAACACAAAAUGGGCAGAUGA